UGCCUUUUAAGCUGCAUGACUAGGUACCCAAGCACUGGCUGUUCUGCACUCUUGGCUGGUUAUGGAUGCACCAGAAUACUGCUCAGGAUGGGCCCUGGGGAAAUGAAAUGAGAUACGGGUUCAACUUCUCACAAGAGAAGGCUCUCAACCCCCAAGAUAUAAAUCCAGAGCAGUCGAGCACUCUCCUAUCUGCUGUCAGCAACACCAUGAAGCCCGAAUGGGUCCACUUUUCUCUUUGGCUGUUCAUCUUUUCCAUGCUUUUCCACACGCUUUCAGGUGGCUUAUAUCCUCCAGGGGUCAGAGAAGAAUUAUGUGAAAGUGGACACCUUGGAGUGACUCUGGGGCCCUUGUGUUUGCGAGAAUGGUGCAACUAUCCUCCACAACAAGGACUCUGCAGGUUACAGUUGUACAGAUUCUACUACAACACUUUGACAUUCAAUUGUGAACCUUUCCUCUACUCUGGCUGUGGAAGCAACAGAAACAACUUUAAACAUAAAUCCGCCUGUGAAAAAUUUUGUCUUCCUGAAAAAGACAGAGGUAAAGGAAAAGAAGUAUCCUAA